GAAACCACUAAUGGGGAGUGCCGAGAUACAAGAGAGAGCUUGUCUUCUGCCUGUCUCCUCCCCUCACGACAGAUCACGAAGCACACGAUCAGAUCUUUGCGUGGUGUCACACAGCGAGUCCCAAAUCAAGGCAGGAUGACACCGGUGCGGCUUUAUGCGGUCUUUCUCUUUUGCUGCGCAGCGAGCACAGCGGCCGCCGGAAGUGGUGACGUCAAGCAGGUCAGUCAGCCGCACUCAAGGCAGCCAGUCACUCACGCAUCGUCUGCGUGUUCUGUGUUCUGUCUGUCUGCUUGGACCAGCGCCGUCGUCUCCGCGCAGUGCAGAAGGAGCGAUUGACCGAUGGCGGCCGAGGUGCCGUGAUGAAUCAACGAGACGGGGAUCAGCGGCGAAAGCUGCAGUCCGUGCUGACGGAAGAGGAAAUGGAUCGGUUGACUGGCAUAUUCAACGGCACCGACAGUUCAAGCUCAGCCUCGACUCCAGCCUACUCGACGGGCUUGGGUUACAGUCGAUGGGACUCGGGUGAGCAAAAUGACAAGAGAAAGAUAGCAUGCCUCUCCGAAGCGGUCGUGUGUUUCUUUCAGCAGCUAGCACCAGCACAACUGGCAGCACAUCCGGCAGCACCACCGGCAGCACCACCGGCAGCUCUGGGAACCCAAACGGCAACAGCGAAGUGGUACCACCGUCUAAUGGGGACCUGUAAGCGUUCACUUCCUACUUAGCUAAUGACUAGCUGACGACCCAGCCAUGGUGUGACUGAUGUCUCUCGUGGUUUCAGGAGUGUCCCUGAGAACAGCGGUGUCCUUGUGGACCCCAGGAGUGUCCCUGAGAACAGCGAUGUCCUUGUGGACCCCAACGACCAGUAAGCAUACGCUUCCUUCUGACGACGCACGCAUCGUGUGAACGUUGAUGUGACCUCGGUGGUCUCAGGGAUGUCGAGGACCCUCCUGAGGCAGAUGACCCGUAAGUGCAUGCACCCAAUCACAGAGUGUGCUCGUCGAUCAUCUUUUGCAGUCAACAAUUGGCAGGCCAGAUGAGAACACGUGGCAAGGUGUGUUGCCUCCAACACAGGACAGCGAGAGUGGAAGAGGCUCCGGCCUGAGAGACAACGACCGUGGAGGUUCCAGCUUGAGAGACAACGACCGUGGAGGUUCCAGCGUAGGGAACGAUGACAGAGGGCGGGAUGACAGCCGGGGAGGUGGCGGUGGUGGUGUCGGCGGCCGAGAUGACGGAGGAGGUGGUGGUUUCGGGAGCGACAGUGGGCCAGCUGGUGAGGAUAAUGGGGAUGGGGGCAGUGACGGGGGGGAUGGCGGUGAUGGUGAUGAAUGAAGGCAUAUAUAUAAGUCAUUGCUCGUCACUGCAAUGCCAUGGCUGCCUCCAAAAUUCUGGAGGGAAGGCCAAGAGGGAGUGCGUGCAGGGAGGGAUAUACAUGCACAUAUGUGUGGCGGUGUACCUGCCAGUCUUCGUACGGUUCAUACCUGCCUGUCUGUCUGUCUAUCUAUCUGUCUUGGCCGCUCAAUCUAUGAUCAAUUAGUCAGUUAGUACGGUGUAUUAGUCAGUUGUACGGUCAUGCCGUGAUUUUGAUGUCGAGCAAGUGUAUUUUUUCUUGUACUCACGCUCCUUCCCUCUCUAUAUGUGUGUGUUGUCACACGGGGGUGGGGGUGCAGCGGAAGAAGCGCGCGAGAGGCUGGCUGGCUUGCUGGUUCGCAUGUGUGUGCAGCAUCUAUUAUUUUGCAUGGUUCUGGCCCCGGUCCAGUCUGCACUGUGAUACGUUCGUGUAUCCUGGUGCAUGUGCGUUGCGACGAGUCAAGCUGAUGGUCCAACACCUGUGCGCACUUUCUGCAUUUUCCUGUAUGCGUUGGUAGGACAGGGUUGACAUUCAUACAGCUGCAAUAAGGUGGCUUAUGAGUUUUUUGCCGGCAACUUGGGGCUGGGCGCGUGCAUGCAUGCGAGCAGAGCGAAACAUGAAUGUCACGUUGCAUGUAUCACGCUUGUUUGCAGUGUGCGACAUCUUCUCGCAGUCAACGAACGUUGUCCAUUGUUUCUGCAUGUAUUGUUUCCCUUCGCUUGCUUUACGAACUGAUGCUGAAACGAAUUUCG